GUCAGAGCUGUGGUUAAAGCAGCUGUUGGCUAGAGGGUCUCAUCAGCACUGAAUGUGCACGGCAGCCCCUGUAUUUAUGGGUGUGAUUAUUUCUCCCUGUUUUACAGUAGCACUCGAGGGCAGUAACAGAGAUCGAUGUCGGCUGUGCUGGCACAGGAGGGGCUGAUUUUGCUCUCGAGGAGGUGCUGAUCAGUGUUGGAAAGGCAUGGAGAGGGGGACAGCAGGCACAGCUCAUCCUUAAGGUCUCACAACAGGCUCGUGAGGGCUUUGCCUCGCAGCCUUGCUGCCCCAGGCAGUGCAAUCCCUGCAGAGAGCUCCCUGCUCCUGUGAUGGGAUCUGGGGAACCUUGUCUUGUGUUCUGCUCAGGCAGAGCCCUCUGCAAGGCUGUGGCAGCCCCGUCCACCUUCUCUGCCCCCUGUGCCAGGUGGCACGAAGGACAGCACGCCUCACUGUGCCCACUACAGUGAUCCUAUGUGCAACACUUAACCCAGCUCCCGCUCCCUUGGAGGUGGAAGAAGAGAUUAAGAGCAGAAAAUAUCCACCCUGAAGGACUUAGAGAGCUGUAAUGGCAUUAGGAAUUGGGGUUAGUCCUCCCCACCUUUGCCCACGCGGUGGUGGGUGGAACCCUCUGGUUGGAAGCGGGGGAGUGAGAAGGGGGGCAUUGAGUUUGAAACAGAAAAUCCCCACUGGGCACAGAGGUUCCUCCUCUGGAGCGGGUCAGAAAGGGGAAGAAGCGCAGGGUGGCACUGGGAAGCGGCUGUCAGCACGCUUCCUCCUCCUGCCUGUGUCUGGGGCACGGGGCUCGCUCUCAGCACCGCUACAUUUGGUUGCCCUUCACCUUCUGAAGGUGGCAGAGCGAUUCCCAGCGGCUCCUGCCCCUGCCUCUCCACGAGGGAGGCGAUUCCUUCUUGUUUCCUGCCCCGGGGAGGAUGUAAGCAAAGCAGAAGAGAUGUUUCUUCACAAGCCAGGGGAGCCUUGAUGUCACGCAGCAGGGUUUAUUGGGGCGUGAGCAGGGGCAGGAACCCUCCCACACCGGGGGCGAAGGCAGCCCCGAGAGCUUCCAGGCGAGAAGGAGCUGCCCGGGGAGGAACACGGAGCUUUCCCCUUUGAUGUGUGCAAGGAGAGGACGCGUUUGGCUUCCUCUCAAAGCUGGGGCUCCCGGCGCUUGGCAAGCAUUGUGGCUGCCGAGCCAGCAGCUCCCAGGCACGUGGAACCGGAGCCUCUGCGCCCCGAUGGGUGACGUCCUCCCGCUGCCACCCAACGGGUCACGCUGGCACCCAGCACCCUGCGCCGUCCCCAUGAGCGGUGGCGAUGCCCCUGGCACCGGGCAGAGCACUCGGAGCCACGCCACCAAACCGGGAGCUGGGAAAGAGCAGACAGGAGGGGCCUCCUGCCAUUUCAAAGUCACUUUUGUUCCUAAAAUUGAAUGCGGUCGAAGGAGAAAACACCAACCCCUGGAGCAGGUUCCAGAAUAAAUAGAUGGGUUUUGCUUCGCCUCUGCGCUCUUGCGCCGAGAACGGCAGCGUGGGGGAAGACCACAGGGAAGAGCGGUGAAAGAGCCUCGUACUCCACGUUUGGAAGAGACGCCGGGAUGCCGGGACUGAGCCAGACUGGUUUCCUGCCCAGCGAAAUGGGAAUCGCGAGUCCGAGCACGCUUUCCCCCACCGGAGUGAAGGGGGGGUCUCAGUAUUUUUCUUACCCCAACAAUCCUCGCAGGAGAGGUGCUGAGAGCAGCAUAGAUGGGCAGCCCAAAAAGGUUCGGAAGGUGCCUCCUGGACUCCCCUCCUCGGUGUAUCCAUCCAACUCAGGUGAUGACUACAGCAGGGAUCCGGCUGGAUACACCCCCUCGAAACCUCCCAGCACUGUGUACCCCGGAGCCUUCUAUAUGGCGGACGGGCUCCACAACUCGCCAGACCUGUGGAGCUCCCCCGGUGCCAUGAGCCAGUCCAGCUACGGGGCCAUGCUGGGCAGUUCCUCCUCCCCGCUCCCGCAGUCCGCCGGCUUCAACAGUUUACAUCAGCACGAACGCAUGAACUACCAGCUGCAUUCAGGAGAGGUGAACGGCGGGCUGCCCUCCGUGUCGGGCUUCUCCUCCGCCUCCACCCCGUACGGCGUCUCCAGCCACACGCCGCCGAUCAGCGGGACCGACACCAUGAUGGGUAACAGAGGAACCACGGCUGGGAGCUCGGGAGACGCCCUUGGGAAGGCACUAGCUUCAGUAAGAGCUGCUGCACAUCCCCGACUGUUCCCUGCCCCUGCAGACCUCCCUCUGCAACGAGGACCAUCUCGGCAGUGGGAAGAUGGACGCAUUUAUUCCCCAGAUCACUCUAGCAAUAACUUCUCGUCAAACCCCUCCACACCAGUCGGCUCCCCGCAGGGCCUUGCAGGCACAUCCCAGUGGUCUCGAGCGAGCGGACAGGGUGCCUUAUCUCCCAGCUACGAAGGGAGCCUCCACACUUUACAAAACAAAAUGGAAGACAGGUUGGACGAAGCCAUCCACGUGCUGAGGAAUCACGCCGUGGGCCAGACGGCCGCCAUGCCGAGCAACCACGGGGACAUGCACGGGCUGCUGGGCUCGGCGCCCGCACACAGUGCCACCGUGGGCAGCCUGGGCCAGGCCUUCCCCGCUUCUGUCAUGUCCCUGGGGGGCCGGCACCCGAGCCUGGUGGGAGGAGGUCACCCCGAAGACGGGCUGUCCAGCACCCCCAGCAUGCUCCACAACCAUGUCACACUUCCGUCACAGCCCAGCUCACUCCCCGACCUCAACAGGCAGCAGGACACGUACAGCGGCUUGUCGGGGGGGCUGGGGCGAAGCAGCGUCUCCUCAGGAACCAACGAAAUAAAGAGGGAAGAGAAGGAGGAUGAGGAGAACACAUCAGUGGCGGAUAACUCGGAAGAGGAGAAGAAGGAGCUGAAACCCUCCCGGAAUAGAACAAGGUGCUCUUUGAACAGUCAAGAUGAGGAUGAGGAGGACGAUCUUCUUCCCCCAGAGCAAAAAGCCGAGAGAGAGAGAGAAAGGAGGGUCGCCAAUAAUGCCCGUGAGCGCCUGCGGGUCCGUGACAUCAACGAGGCCUUUAAAGAGCUCGGACGCAUGUGCCAACUCCACCUAAACAGCGAAAAACCGCAGACCAAACUGCUAAUCCUCCACCAGGCCGUAUCAGUCAUACUGAACCUGGAGCAACAAGUUAGAGAGCGCAAUCUGAACCCCAAAGCGGCCUGCUUGAAGCGUCGGGAAGAGGAGAAAGUGUCCGGAGUGGUGGGAGACCCCCAGAUGACACUUUCAGCUUCUCAUCCUGGUCUCGGAGACGGUCACAACCCCGUUGGACACAUGUAAAGAUCGUUUCGUCCCCUCUGGACACGGAGACCCGGAGGAAGCAAACCCACGCUGUGACCCGCGACCUCCUGGCACCAUGAACUGUCGUACUGCUCAUACUGACACAGGCGGACGGAUCCUGGCGUGACGUAAGGGGUUGGAAAAAAAAAACAAAAAACAAAAAAAAACAAAAACACUCGGUCCGAAAACGAAAGCAAACAAAACAAAAAUUGCCUUAAGUCUAAAGCGCCGAACAGUCAAUACAUAUCACUCAGUUUAGGAGAGGGUGGCGUGUUCUCUUGGCUUGUUCACAAGCAGCCAGCAGCAAAAUUGUGCCUAAGCUUAACAUUUCUUUUUUUUUUUUUUUUUU